UGAAAACCCUGAGCCUGAGCGCGCGAGUCUGCGACAGAUGAGGAAGACAUCAGAGUGAAGUGUGUUGGCGGAGUAAAUCUAUAAUUCUGCAUGUUUAUAUUAAUCCUGUGAAUAUCGCGGUAUGUUGAGCUCCACAGCAGACCCGGAACAGCUCACACACACCUCUGUCACGGCUCUGCUCGCGCGCAGAUCUCUGAAGAGACCCAGAGAUGAUGAUGAUGAUGAUGAAGAGCAGCUGCAGGAGUCCUGUGUGAAUCUGCUGAUGAGGAACCAGAACACAUCACUGCUGCUGCAGGAGAUCACGGCUCAGAGGAGGAUCAGUGGUGCAGGUCUGGAGCUCCACACACACAUGCAGACGGCAGCGCUGGAGGACGAGCUGCGCAGACUCUCUCAGCUGACGGACGUCCCUCUCUCUCUGCUGUGUGUGAGGGUUGUGACUGAAGCUCUGCAGGAUCGGAUCUCACACACUGAUCACGUGCUGCUGAGCGCUGAACAGAGGGUAUGCCACCGUCACUGUAGUCUGAUCACACUCUGCCUGAUGCCUGAACUCAUGCGAGUGUGUUGUGUGUGUGUGUGUGUGUGUGUUUCAGCCGUGGUGUGUGUCCUGGUCAGGAGGGCUUUUGAAGACUGCACUCAUAAACUCUCUCAGAAGUGUGUCUUCAUUCUGGACUCCAUGCUGACCUGGCUGCUGGACUCACUGAAUGAAAAAGACACAGAAACAUCAGCCGCUUCAGUCUGGAUUCAGGUGUUUGAUGCAUCAGUGUUUGGUGUGUGUGUUUCUGAGGACACACUGCGGCAGUUCUUCACACACACACUCACGCGUGUUCUCACACACCGGCCCGUGUUUACAGUGUCAGAUGCCAUCGCUGUACAGAGUGACUGGAGCUUUGCUAAAACUCCUGCGCUGCUGACGGCUCUCUUCCGCAAGCUGUGUGUGUUGUUCAGUGUGCAGUGUGUGUUGGCUCAGCUCCAGCAGGUGUUGGAGACUCAUGAGGUGAACUGGCGUCUGAUCCUGUGCUGUGUGUCUCAUCUGCUGGUGUUCGACUCUCAGACGCAGAGCUGUCUCUCAGAGGUGCUGCGUGCGCUCCUCAGCUCGGCGUUCCUCCUCUUCGAUGUGGAGCAGAUGAUCAGUGUGUUCCUGCUGGCGCGGCAGGCGGCUCUCGAGGGCCCAGCGGUGUUCCAGUCCUACAGCGACUGGUUUAAGCUGUCGUUUGCUGGAGCGAGCGGCGCUCACGCUAAGAGCAAGAAGACCACUGUGUUCCUGCUCAAGUUCCUGUCAGAUCUGGUGCCGUUUGAGCCGCCGCAGUACCUGAAGGUUCAUGUCCUGCAUCCUCCGUUCGUCUCUGGAAAGUUCCGCUCGGUGCUGCAGGAGUACGUCAGCCUCGCCAGGACCCGUCUCCGAGACCUGAAGGUGUCUCUGGAGGAGUCGGGCAUCUUUGAGGUGGUGAACGGCUCUGCUGGCGCUCCUGUGUGCGGGGCUCAGCAGGAUGUGGAGAAGGCCGUCACACUCUUCAUCAACACUGGGAAGAUCCCAGCUACAGUCAUAGAGGCCAGUAUCUUCAGGAGGCCGUAUUUCAUGUCUCGCUUUCUCCCAGCGCUGCUCUCGCCACGAGUGCUUCCUCCUCAAGCAGACGGCAGGAUGUCCUUCAUCGAGGCCCUGAGGAGAGCGGAGAAGAUCCCGGCGGCGCUCUACUGCUCCUACACUGAGUCCUGUCAGAGAGAGACACACACACUCAGAGAAGGUGAGCUGGAUAAAACGCGCACACACUCUAACACACACACUAACACACACUCAGAGAAGGUGAGCUGGAUAAAACGCGCACACACUCUAACACACACACUAACACACACUCAGAGAAGUGUGUGUGUGCACGCAGAAGUGUGUGCUCAGCUUUCCAGGAUCUCUCUGACUCUGAAGAACAUCAACACUGAUGAGGACACAAGAAGUGAUGUCAUCACCCUCGACCUGCUCUCAGCUGAUUGGACACACGCAGCGCUCGCCGGUCUGAUCCUCCAGAGCUUCUGUCUGUGCAUACUGGACGCAGCGAAGAUCAGUCCUCCAAACAGGCAGGGCUCGUGGGCGUGUGUGUUGGUCAAGGCUCUGCUGGCGCACAGAUGGCUGAUCUCGGCUCUUCUACACAGACUGUGGGAUCUGCUGCAGCACCAGGGCGAGGCUCUGAGCGCCGCUCAUGUGUUGGGUUUGUCUGCUCUGCAUGUGGAGCUGCAUCGCUGCCGGAGUGUGUGUCCUCCUGUGCAGCUGCUGCCGUCUGCAGACGCUCGCUGUGUGUCUGAGUGUGUGUGUGACGCUCUGAGCUGCUGCACGGACACACACAUGCACACCUGCCUCAGGUUCUGUGUGUCGGUUCUCUCCUAUGGUCUCUGCAGAGCCACCGCUCAGGCUGAAGAGCUGCACGUCUUCAUCCCACACACACUCUUCAAGAAGGCUCAGUUUGUGAUGUCCCGGCUGGUCCCGGAGACGCGGGCGCUGCUGAUUGGUGAACAGGUCUCUGAGCCUCUGUGUGCGCCCGCUGGAGGCCUGCAGGAGUCGGCUGUGGCUCUGUGGAGAAACACACACAUCCAGGCGCUGAGGAGACGGCCUGAGUAUCAGCUCUCCUUCUCUGAUUGGCUCACAGCAGAACUACAGGUCCAGCGGAGCCGAGACGCACUCACUGAUGCUGAGAGGCAGGAGUUCCAGCAGUGGGCCUGUGAGCUCUACUAUCUGCCCAUGGCUGCAGCAGACGGCGGCUGUGGAGGAGACGUCACUCAGAGCUGCGCUCGCAUCAUCACUGCGCUUCUGGACCAACACACAACUCAUCACUGGGAAUACCUUAGCAACCACAUGGCAACAGUAUCCUUGCAACAUUGUAGCAACCAUUUAGAACACCAUGGCAACGCUACAGUAGAACACUGCAACAACACAUGGCAACACCUUGGGGGAGAGGAAGCCCCUAGCGACGGUUGUCAGGUGUCGUGUGCAUCUUCUCUGCAGGCGCUGCUGUAUGAAGAGGCCGUCACUCCACAGAAGACUCCAGAUGACGCACAUCACUUCCUCUGGGACCUGAUUGAGAGCAGGUGCUCCGUGACCCCUGACCCCCAGUGCAUCGCAGAGCAGCUCAGAUACCAGCAGACGCUCCAGAACAUUAGCCGUGUGGUGUGUGUGGUUCCUGCCGCUCUGCUGCUCAGGGUUCAGACUGGCGGAUCAGCUCUGGACUGCAGGAGGAUGAUCAAACACAUCACUGAUGUGCAGAUGAGGACGUGUGUUCCUGAUGCUCUGCUGUCCUGCAAGCUGACCGCACUCUUCCUCAAAGCCAUAGUGAGCGGCAGUGUGAGCUGUAGAUCUCCGGCUGACGCAGUGAACGAGUGUGUGUGUGUGUUCAGCACUCGGUGUCCUCUGCUGCUCCUGUCCGCCAUGCGCUGGUGGCCGCGUGUGUCCUCUGUGCUGGUGUGUCAGUGGAGGCGUCUCACCGCUGGAGAACCACUGCCUGAUCAGCUGCAGAUGCUGGAGGACACACACCGCUGGAGCUCACGUGUGUGUGGCGGUCUGUCCUCCUCGGCUCCAGCGGCUCCAUCAUGGCUGCUGGCUGCGGCUCUACAGGCUUCACUGCAGCACUCGGACCCCACAGCGGCUCUCGCUCAGCUCGACCACACACACACACAGGUGCUGCUCUACCUGUUCCUCUACAGUAUAAUAGAGCUGAUCUCUGCACACCUCAGCCAACAGGAGUGUGUGGAGCGUGUCAGAGGCGUGUGCGUGUGUCUCCUCACUCGUCUUCAGGGUCAUUCUGAUUGGCUGCUGCUGUUCGAUCAGUGUGGAUCAGAUCAUGAGCUGUGUGAGUUCAGGACGCGUGUGAUUUCCCAUCAUGCCCUGCGUCUGCUGCCGCUGGCCUUCUACAGUGUUCUGUGUGCGGUGGACUCACAGCUCCUCCAGGGAUUGGUCAGUUCUCCAGGAUUCCUCCACAGCGCCGGCGUCUCCUACAGGAAGCUGAGUGAGCUGUACCUGAGUGCUAAGAGCGCAGGCCGGCCGCAGGUGCUGCAGGACGCGCGGCGUGUUCUCCUGAGCUGCAUCUCUCUGAGUUCUCCCGACGGUCUGACGUGUGCUCAGAGGAAGCAGCUGCAGUCUGAGUUCGAGCAGCUGGACGCAGAGAUGGCAGCAGCGUUCGGGGGGAAACACACCAGCACCCGCGGACAAACAUGAACACACCUGAGCUCUGAUCCACGGCCGACCAAUCAGAGCACAGGACAGAGACAC